AUGGACAAAUAUGCAGAGAAUUUUGACGGCAACAUUGAUGAACCAAUGGAAGAUGGCGACACUCUUCUUCAUCUGACAUGUCUUUAUGGUCAUUUGAACUGCGUCCAGUUUUUGUUGGAAAGGGGAGCUAAUUUGGAAGCAAAGGAUGAAGAUGGAGCGAUUCCUCUGCACGAUGCAUGUGCUGGGGGGUACACAGAAAUAGCCCAACUUCUCAUUAACCUUGCUAAUGACCCAGAGCGCGUGAAGAGGAUGGUAGACACUGUUGACGUAGAAGGGGACACGCCUCUUCACCAUGCUGCUAGAGGCGAAUAUAGCGAUGUCAUUAAGCUGUUGCUUGCUCAUGGGGCUUCUCCUACUAAGACAAAUAUCUAUGGGAAGACCCCUGUCGAAUUUGCUGAUAUCGGGACUGAAGCUAAGAAGAUAUUAGAGGAGGCUGUGGGUACUAUACAAGAAAAGUAA